CUGUUCACGUUUUCUUGCACUAAGUCCCACUGGGCGCUUGAUACCAGGAGAGCGUGUAGAGCUUUACGCGCGAUCCUUUUUAUGCGAAGCUCCACGGAUUUAAAUGUGGUGGUCCUUCCAACGGGAUCAUGAGACAGAUGUCCUCUCCGUGGCAACCUCCACAGCAGCGCCCCCUCCGCCCCACGGUCUGAUCCGGAGUCAAAGCGCCAGGCAGCAGGCACAAGGCUAUCGCUUCUCCGGCCCCCGCAGAAAGCCCGCUGCGAUUGGCUGUUGGAUGUCAUCACCUGGCCUCCUGGUGGGUGAGCCGGGAGGUGCGCUCUCAGCCUGAAGGGGCAGAGUCCAGCAGGGCUGGGAAAGAGCAGCAGCAGCAGCAGCAGGUGGUUGGUGCCCUCGUAACCUCUUUGUCCCUGCUGCGUGCGUUUGGGCGGCCGGGAAAAUGCCUCUGGGGCUGAGGAACAAGAAGAAAGGCAAGUCCAAGGAGACGUCCACACUGGUGGAAGGGGAGGCUCCGCUGGCGCGAGGUAGAGGCGACGAGGAGGAGGACGUAGUGGCUGCAGCUGCCUCCCCGCCGCCCCAGGGCCCCAUCCGGCUGGUCUUCCAUACGCAGCUGGCGCACGGCAGCCCCACAGGGCGCGUCGAGGGAUUCGCGAGCGUGAGGGAGCUCUACGCCAAGAUAGCCGACGCCUUCCACAUUGCCCCGGCUGAGAUCAUGUUUUGUACUUUGAAUACACACAAAAUUGAUAUGGACAAGCUUUUAGGAGUACAGAUAGGUCUGGAAGACUUCAUAUUUGCUCACAUAAAAGGAUUAAAAAAGGAGGUGGAGGUUUUCAAAUCAGAAGAUGCACUUGGGCUUACCAUUACUGAUAAUGGAAAUGGAUGUGCCUUCAUAAAGAGAAUUAAAGCAGGAAGCCUUAUUGACCAAAUAAAAGUGAUAUGUGUUGGUGACCACAUUGAAUCUAUAAAUGGAAAAAGUGUAGUAGGAUAUCGUCAUUACGAAGUUGCUAAGAAUUUAAAAGACUUGGACAAGGGUCAGACGUUUACAUUAAAAUUAGUAGAGCCCAUGAAAUCAUUUGAAAUGAUUGAACCAAGGUCAAAAGGUGGAAGUUUUGCAGAAGGAAAAAUCUUUAGGGGCAAAGAGACUCUUCGACUACGAUCCAAGGGUCCUGCCACAGUGGAAGAAAUGCCUUCAGAUGUUGAAGAAAAAGCAACUAAAAAAGUGGAUGAUCUUCUUGAAAUGUAUAUGGGAAUUAGAGACCUUGAACUAGCUGCAACAAUGGUAGAAGCAGGAAAAGGCAAGAACAAUCCAGAUGAGUUUGCAGUUGCGCUUGAUGAAGCUCUUGGAGACUUUGCAUUUCCAGAUGAGUUUGUCUUUGAUGUGUGGGGAGCCAUUGGUGAUGCAGUGCAAGGCCGAUUAUAAUGAACCUUGGGCAGUUUAUUAGUGCAACUGUCAGCUGUCUGGGGAUAUCAAACACAGAGCUAUCUACACAGCAUGGGAUAUAAAACCUGUUGGAUAAAUAGAAGCAUCUGAAUGUUCAUAAGCCUGGAUAAAUCUGAGAUAUAUUUUUUGAGGCUGAUACAAAUUUUUGUUGACUGCAUUUGUAUGGAACUUUUAUGCUGCUAUGGCACUUGAUUUGAAAUGCACUCUCUUGAAAUCUUUUGCAAAACAGUAUUCUUUGGGUACUUGUUCGGCAUGUUUGCAUUCAUAAAUUAAAGUGGUUAAAGUUGGUGUAUUUCAUAAAUUAUAGUGGUUAAAGAUGGUAUAUUGAAAAUUCCAUUGAAAUGGAUGGUAUUUCUAAUCAUGAAAGGAAAGAGGUUGUGGAAUCUGAGCAAAACUACAAUGCUGGCAGAACUUGCUAACCAACGCUUGCCUUUUUCUCAGUCUCCCACAAACAUCCCAGUGGGUAUGGUUCUUGCUUUUCAGCACUUCCUUUCUUAAAACAAUGCUUUAUGUUUGGGAUUGUGUGGAAAAGAGAAGAGUUCAGAGGAGGAGGUCAGUGGUAGAUUAUAUCCUUUAACUUGAGAUAUCAGGAAUUGAAUUUUCUAUAUGUAGAGGAUAUUGGGCACAGAUCUUGUUGGGCACAUCAACUUUCUGUCAGUCAGGGUAGAUUGUGAUGAAAUAAAUGGACUAUUAGCUUGACUCAGUUUAAAGUAACUCCUUAAAUUUCAUUUCAGAUGUUGGCUAACAUCCAGAACAAAACAUAGGUGCUAUGUAAGAAGUACCAAUGCUUCUGCUGAAUUCCUAAUUAAUCCCCCUGUGCUUGCAUGGGUGGUGGUGGUAUUUUGAUGACCUGCCCUCCCCCCAGAAAUAUUUUGUGUCACCCAAAAAUAUGUCCCUUAGGGCUGUGCCACCCCAGAGACAUAUUUUCAGGUGGCGCAAAGCAUUUCCAGGGAAGGGGAUUUUAUUGAAAUUUGCUCCCCCAUGCAAUUGCCAGUGUUGCAUUGGUUCAAACUAUCUGUAGCAGUCAUGUAACCUUAUUUUAUGGUAGUGAUAUGGAAAAGAGUUCCAAAACUUUGGCAGUUUCACAAGUGAUUCUUAAAGCAGUUUUGGCAUUUUUCCGAGUCUGCUAAUAAUAUUUUAAAAAAACCCAAACCAACCCUACGUAUAUGGACAAAAAUGUACUUUUAAGUUUUAGAAUGGCAAAUUGCAUGAAUGGUUUUCCAAGUGACCAAUUCCAAACUAAAGGGCAUUUUUACUGUCACUUGUGCAAAUGUCCUUUGGUGCUGUUGUGGGGGGACAUUUUAGAUGAGUACAGUACACUCUGUACUAUGUACUGUGUAUUAGUACAGUACACUCUGGAAUAAACUCAGUGUAAAAUAUCCAUACAUUGUCUUACAUUAUUGCCCAGAGAAGAAGAGUAUGUUAGAAUACGUAUAUUCUUUGAAGCUUUCUACAUGGCUUGUAACCCGUGUAGAUUAUUAUUAUUAUUAUUACAUUUAUAACCCACUCUUCCUCCAAGGAGCCCAGAGCGGUGUACUACAUACUUGAGUUUCUCUUUCAUAACAACCCUGUGAAGUAGGUUAGGCUGAGAGAGAAGUGACUGGCCCAGAGUCACCCAGCUAGUAUCAUGGCUGAAUGGGGAUUUGAACUCGGGUCUCCCUGGUCCUAGCCCAGCACUCUAACCGCUACACCAUGCUGGCUCCAAUAUUUAAACCAGGUAUGGUAUGUAGCAGUCUUUGGAUACAAUCCAUUAGGAACUGUUCUUGCAUAAGCUCUAUCAAAAUGAGCAAAAGCAUGUAUGGAAGCCUUUAUUUCAGUGUGGUUUAUACAGGAAAUCCUCAGAACAUCUCAGUACUGUACAUUAUUUUGAUUGUUAUGACCUCAUGUUGCAUGGAAAUAUAGUGGACAGAUUAAAAGAAAAGAAAAGCAGAAGUGAUUUGUAACUUAAUGUGUUGAUGUCAUAGUAAGAAUGUAGAUAUGCUUAAGCUGUAGCUUUCAUUUUUUUUAGAAAAUGCAUUUUUAAAAUGCAGGUUUUGUAAAUCUUGGAAUUAGGAAUAAUUGCUAAUGUGCCAAUAUGUUUAAAAAGGAAGAAAGUAUCAGUGGGCAAGUCCUCAUUACUUAGUUUUCACUCGAACACUUCUAUUUUGAGACUAUGAAAACUUUUGAACUACACAAAUAACUUUAUCUGACAGAAAUGAACUAAUUCUCAUUCUAAGCUAUAUACAUAAGACUGUAUAUAACAAUGCAAUCAAUUAACAUCUUAAUCAAUUAAAAGCUGAAUAUGCAAAUAAAGUUUUAUGACUUACACACUGACUACUUGAAGUGACUGAAAGACACUGGAUGUAAAAAAAAUAAAAGGAAGUAAAAUCUUUUUAUCUACUUAAUUUAAGGACUCAGGGUAACAGUUUCUUUGUACCAAAGUAGGUUUAACUUCCUCUUGAAACCGCAGAAAAUAACAGAGUCAUGCAGUUUAUUAAACUCCCAGGAGUAUUUUCAGACAGCAGGCUUUACUGCAAGUUUUCUGCGACACUUUACUGUGAGUUUGAAGUUGCCCCCCCCAAUUGAUGCAAAAAUGGAUUUUUUUUUACUCCGGAUAUAAAUCGGGCUACACUCUAAUGCACAAUGAAAAACCCAAAUCAUGUGUGAAGUGAUCCCCGAUAGCUCGCAGGGACUUUGGGGUAAAUCUGGCCAAUAUGUGAACACACACCCGCCAUUCUGGAGGAGAUGCGAACUAAUAGUCCUGUGUGGAAAUGUUCUUGGACGAGGUUUAUAAUUAAUGCAUUUGUUAAACUAAAAGUGUAAGUGAAGUAAAUUUGAUACUUCAUUGAUCAGAGAGUUUUGAAUAUUUUAUUGUGGAAAAAUAAAUUCUAUCAUGAAUAGGUCUGUUUGAUAUCCUUGAUGUAUUUGAGUCAGACAUUAACUGACCCAAGUUAAUGGGUCGGUUCACACAUAACGUGAAGCCCCUCUGUUGUCUUGGUAGCAUGCAGGUUAUGCUCUGAAUCCUAACUGGGCUGUGCUUUGAUAGUUCUCGUGUGAAUGUGUUUGCUGAUGUUCCCAUGAAGGCAGCAGCUCUAAAAAUGCAAAACUGAAAUAAUUUAUCCAAUAUACCUUUAACAGAGUAGAAUUCCUGACAGAGGGAAGGUCAUCUAUUUUAAUCUAAUUUGGGUGUUUCUGGGUGAUUCCUGUGCAACAAUAUCAGACAAUUACUUUUGGAACUGUAGAUGUCCUAAUUGGCUCAAUGCUAUUUGAAUGUGUAUUAUAGACUAGAAAAUGUCACUUCAAAACCACAGUUCAGUAGAUUUGUCACAGGAGAAGGAUAGAAGCCUAAUCCUCCAUUUAAGUUUUUGUUUUGUUUUUUAAGAAGACUGGAAUUAAAUAGGCAGAACUUAUUUUUAGUGAGAUUGUUUAUAUGGAUAACGCUUGUCAACUUUAAUUCCAUUCCCUCUAUUAGAAAUAUUAUGUACAUUGCUUCGUUUGUUAUGAUUACUAACUUAAAUGCAAAUUAUUGCUGCUGAUACAAUAUUAAAACUACAUUUAAAUCUAUUAAUUAAUAUUUGGUCAGAUUAUGCUUCACUUUCAGUGUUUUUUGCUGCCAGGGUUGGAUUUAAGCAGUCUAGGAUGAUGACUUGAGCUAUACAUUAACAACUGAAGCUUGCUUAAAUAAUAUUUGAGCCAAAUGUUUCCCUAGAAUAGAACUUGUGCAAAUGUAUAUUUACAAUGUUGUUUUGUACUUGGAUGCUAAAUAAACAAACCCCAUUUUCUAAAUUA